AUGAAGACAACAGAUAACACUAAGCCAAACAGUAAUUUCACCAACCGCGCGCCAAAUACGACUGCGCCUAAUAACAACAAUGCUACAGAGAACACUUCUGCUACACUUCCAACCGCAACUACUACGGAGGCUCCUACUGGUUUCCCUACCUCAACUUCUACCGAGGCCACUACUGGUUUGCCUACCACCAUUACGAGCGAGGCCACUACUGGUUUGCCUACCACCACUAAGAGCGAGGCCACUACUGGUUUGCCUACCGCAACAACGAGCGGGGCAAGUAUUUGGAUGCCUACCACUGCUACCAAGGUCACUACUAGUUUGCUUACCAACACUACUACCGAGGCAACAACUGGUUUCCCUACCACCACUACUACCGAGGCUACUUCAAGUUUGCCUACCAACACUACUACCGAGGCCACUACUGGUUUCCCUACCACCACUACUACGGAGGCUACUUCAAGUUUGCCUACCAACACUACUACCGAGUUUGCUUACCAACACUACUACCGAGGCAACAACUGGUUUCCCUACAACCACUACUACCGAGGCUACUUCAAGUUUGCCUACCAACACUACUACCGAGGCCACUACUGGUUUCCCUACCACCACUACUACGGAGGCUACUUCAACUUUGCCUACCAACACUACUACCGAGGCAACAACUGGUUUCUCUACAAACACUACUACCGAGGCUACUUCAAGUUUGCCUACCAACACUACUACCGAGGCCACUACUGGUCUGCCUACCAUUACUACUACCGAGGCUACUUCAAGUUUGCCUACCAACACUACUACCGAGACAACAACUGGUUUGCCUACCACCUCUACUACCGAGGCUACUACAAGUUUGCCUACCAACACCACUACCGAGGCCACAACUGGUUUGCCUUCCAACACUACUACCGAGGCUACUUCAAGUUUGCCUACCACCACUACUACCGAGGCCACUAA